UGCGCAGACUCAUCCCUCCUCACUUAAAUCCGCCUGUGCUCUGGAGUAAACGUCUCAGACAGGACGAGUGCAAAAAACCAAACCGUUACCUAGGCUCUGUGUCUGAUUGAACUAUGAUAGCAGAUUGUCAGCUCAUUUAGUAGACACGUUCAGGCAAUCGUACACUAACGAUAGAGACUCGUAGCUCUGUAUUGUUGUUGUUGUUUUUUAAUCCCGGGAUAAACUUCGCCAUGACAUCGCGCGAGGACACACAAGAGCAGAGUCGGCGCUUUUGCGUCUUGUCGUGGGAGCAGGUGCAGCGUUUGGACUCCAUCCUCGGGGAAAGUGUUCCCAUCCACGGCCGCGGCAAUUUCCCAACCCUCUCCAUUUCCCCACGCCAGAUCGUGCAGGUGGUAAGGGCCAGACUGGGGGAUCGAGGUGUGGCAGUCCGUGAUGUGAAGCUUAAUGGUUCUGCUGCAAGCUACGUGCUUUACAAGGACACAGGCUUAGGCUACAAGGACCUGGAUCUGAUCUUUGGCCUAAGUUUGAGUGAUGACAGGACGUUUGAUGUGGUAAAGGAAGUGGUUCUGGCCAGCCUGCUGGACUUCCUGCCAGCUGGAGUGAACCACGAGCGCCUCAGCGCCCUUGCCCUCAAAGAGGCAUAUGUGCAGAAGCUGGUUAAAGUGCGCACUGACACAGAUUGCUGGAGCCUCAUCUCUCUUUCCAACAAUACAGGCAAGAAUGUAGAGUUAAAGUUUGUUGACAAACUUCGGCGCCAGUUUGAGUUCAGCGUUGACUCAUUUCAAAUCGGUCUUGACUCGCUGCUGCUGUUUGACCGGUGCUCUGAGGCACCCAUGUCUGAGAGCUUUCACCCAACUGUGCUUGGCGAGAGCAUGUACGGUGACUUUGAGGAAGCUCUGGAACACCUGCGGUCCAAGACUAUUGCUACACACAGUCCCGAGGAGAUCCGUGGCGGCGGUUUGCUGAAAUACUGCCACCUGCUGGUGCGUGGAUUCCGGCCAGCGUCAGAGGAGCACAUGAAAACGCUACAACGCUACAUGUGCUCGCGCUUCUUCAUUGACUUCCCAGAUGUGGGUGAGCAACGACGAAAACUUGAGGCAUACCUUCAGAACCACUUUACUGGCAUGGAACACAAACGCUACAAGUGCCUGGUGACUUUACGGAAUGUUGUAGAUGAAAGCACCGUAUGCCUAAUGGGUCAUGAGCGGCGACAGACCCUGGCGCUCAUCUCGGCACUGGCGCUGCGCACGCUCACCGAACAGAAUGCCAUCCCUGCUCUCUCUAACGUCACCUGCUACUACCAACCGGCACCGUAUGUGCAUGACGGGAACUUUAGCAAUUACUACGUGGCUCAUGUGCACUCUCCUGCAAAUAUAUACCGGACAUGGCUACCCUGCAGCUGAGUCACAAGAAAAGGCAGAUGGUGAGAUGAAAAAAAAAAAGAAAAAGAUGGCUUCAAAUGCAUUCCAUUUCUUAGCAGUUUGUAAGAGUAUAUCCCUUUCCAUACACAUCAUUCUUUGUUGAUGAGAAGAAGAAGAAAAAAAGCAAAAAAUAAUUGUGAUUAUAUCUUUUCUUUUAACUAAUGUUUUGCGUACUGUCACCCACCUCCACCAAAAUACUGAACACUGCUGUAACUUUAAAACUUGUUUGAGCCAUUCUGUGUUGUUGUUAACUGUACAAGUUGAGAUUUUAUGAAAACAUAUGUGUAAAACAAUGAGGAAAGUGAGAGGAAGAAAAUUUUGAAGCAGUUCGCUACCUUGCUUUUUCAGAUGUAAUUCAUUUUGUGGUUAUACAAGACAUGUAUAUAGUUUUUUUUGUGUAUGUAUAUAUAAUAAAUGUUUAUAACUUUAAAAAAAAAAAACAACAACCUCCCAACCAUUCAGCAGAAGAAAAGAAAUCUGACAAGAUUUUACAAGAGUGUGCAGAAGUCUAAUGUUCAGGUCUGACUGUUGUUUUCAAACUUCCUUCUUAUUUGAGCUUGUGACAACCAAAGAUUUUAUUUUUUAAGCUCCCUGUAUUGAAUUGUUAUAUCUGUGAUUCAAAGUGCCUGAAACUGACUACAAAACACAAAAUAUGCAUCAGUUUCAUCCUUUGGGAUAUUGUAAAUUGUAUUUUUAUUUUUCAGCAUCAGGGCAUUUUCUUAUCAAAUCAAAUAAAAACAGAAUUGAAAUGUU